AUGGCGGAUGUAAACCUGACAUGUACCGUCCAUUCUAAUGACUUGUUACCGCUGUUUUGUAAAGACUGUGACCAUCUCCUGUGUUGUGACUGUAUAACACAUGAUCACGCUGGACAUAAACUCUGUAACGUAUCAGAAGUGGUUGAAUUUCAUCAACAGGAACUGCAAGGGGUUUUAAAGAAUGAAAAGUCAAUACAAUUUCUAGAGAGACUCGUUGUCGAUUCACAGGGAGAGCAGGAUCGGUUAGCUCAGCACACAGAAGAUCUUCUCCGAAAUGUUAUCGACAGAGAAGAAGAAAUCAUUGCAAAAGUGAGAAUUUGGAGGGAAAAUUUGACGGAUAUGAUCAUUCAAUUCAGGGAAGAGCGGGACAAAUAUUUGAAGGAGAAAAAAAAUAUUAUCUCCGCUUUACUCAAAAUGAGAGAAAGAGACAUCCAUCUCGAAUCUGAAAGAUGUAAUCUGGAAAUCAUACGCAUCAAUUGUGCAGUGCGAGGUCUUGUAGACGCAAACGAGUCGUCUAGCGAUGAAACGUCUGAUCUGAUUGGGUUUGAAAUAGGAUCGUCAAGUAGAUAUUUAAAUGAUAUAUUUGGGAAAAUAUCAGAAACGGAAAUGUCAUCAGAUGAAAUUUCUUUCAAUGAGGCUGAAAAAGCAAAGAAGAUGGAAGAGGAUGAAGAGGAGUUCUAUGAUUGUGAGGGUUUACAUAGGUGCACAUUUCGUACAAAAUCAAUAAAAGACAUCAUACCUUUGCAAAACCUUCAAACGUUUCUUCUGAGUUCAGGAUCCAUAGGAACUGAUCCCGGAUCUAGAUUCUGUACGACAGGAAUGACAACAGACAAGCAAAACAACAUCUUACUGGCUGUCCAAAACGACAACGCUAUCCAUCUCCUGGACAAGUCUUUGACAUUCCAGAAACUUCUGAUGACUGCUGAGGACGGUCUAUAUCGUCCCACGUCUGUCGCUCUAGAUAGGGAUGGUUAUCUGUGGGUAGGGUGUGAAAACGGAGAGUUACAUAUAGUGAAUUAUCGAUAUCUACUCAACACGGACAGACAAACAAGACUGAAACGUAAACAGCGGGUCAUAAUAAAAGCCAAGAAUAUGGUACAGUGGCGAAUCGAGAAAUUUCUGAACGGGGACAGGGGGCAGUAA